AUGCCAGAUCUUGCCGAUUUGCCUGCUGAACUCCUAGACGAGAUCCUCUUUCUCGCCUUUGGCACAACCCCAAGGUACAACAAUCGAUAUGAUGAAGGAGUCCUUGAUAUCAAAGGCCUAAGUCGUCUCCUUCUCGUUAACCGAAAACACCACCAAGCAUUUCUGCCACGGGUCUACUCCCACUGGACCUACAUUGGGACGCUACACAGCUAUAGUGGACUCUGGAAGUUUCUCCGCACUAUAAUUGAAAAUCCUUCACUCGCAUUAAUUGUCGAGGUAUUAAACAUUGGGAAUUGGGGUGUCUGCCCUUCAUACCUUGAUAGGAACCACGAGCUCCAGGACCAGGAUGAGCAGGUGCAAUUUGCACUCAACGACAAGGAGACCGUGAAAACUGCGAUUCGGCGUGCAGGAUUGCAAGGAGAUAUUGAAUCCCAGAUUUAUAAUGCCAUCUUUGCUGACGGCUGUGAAUAUCAGAGCCGCUACCGGCGGCCUUUGGUGGCACUUCUCCUGACCUGCCUCCCUUCCAUAUCAAAGCAAUGGCCAGCAACAGGCCGACUCUGGUGUACAGUCGACCUGACUACCCAGCCUGGAGGAAUUCAUGUUCUCAGUGAAGUCCCUGGGUAUCAUGAUAGGGACCCCAACCCGUUGGAUGGCUAUAUUGAUGACCCUUCGCUAAAACUGGACAAUAUAUGGCCCGUCUUCUAUCUCGACCGUCUUCAUAUAGUCCGUCUGUAUGAUUUCGACCCAGAAGGUUUCAGCAGGCUGGUCCAGCAGAAAAUCCAGACAGCCCUAAAAAGUCUUUCAUUCCCUUGGGACAAUGACAAGGCCAAGGCCAAGGAAAAUGUCUGGCAGACCUUCAACAAUGAAUUUUGGGCGGCUAUUUUGAAAUAUAAGAGAACCUUGGAAUAUCUGGAUGUCUUCCAUGACUUCCCUCCAGAACGACGUAAAUACCGACUGGCAGACUAUUUUGGCCCUCUUACCGAAUUUACACAAUUGCGCUAUCUCUCAUCCUGGCUGAGAUGCUCAUUGGCGGCUAUACUGAGGUCAGUAGCUCCACUUCGGCUAAAGGAAGCACUGCUAGCUAGUAUUGAAUCCCUGGUCUUUGCUGCGGAGGAUGCUGGAAGGACAAUUACUGACCUUCCACGCCAGGUCGAGGAAGUGGUGUCUGAUUUUCCUCACCUGAAGACCCUUGAGCUUCAGAUGGUGGGCUGCAUCUGCACCCUCACAAUCAAUCUGCAAUACUGUCCUUUGCCUCAGGGUGCGCGGUGCCUCGGUCGAUGGAAGGAAGCAUACAGCAUGCGAAUUGAUGCUGGCUUCAGGCAGGAGACAAUGUAUCAACGAGCUGCGCGCAAGGCAGCAGGGCGGCAGGAGACUUCAUCGCCCGAACCACCUCAAAGGCAGUACCGUCCGCUCAAGACACAUGUGCUCCCAUUUCAGGAUCACGGCAAAAGUCCAUCGUUCAUGGUUUCUGAGAGCGAGGAACACAGCUUACUUCCCCCUCUGAUUGCCGCCGAAGGUUUUGAUGACAACCACUGGCGACUCGAUGUGUACUUUCUGUCAAAUGCGACAAAUGAGGGUCGCUUUGCACACUAUCAAGCUGAAAAGGCUGUCCGUCUCCCACCACCGACCACCCCACGACUCCCUGGGAUGAUUGAAAUAUACGAUGAUGACUACCAUCCUGACCGCAGCUGGAGGGACGGUGCGCUGCACAUGUGUCAUAUCUGCUACGGACCAGGUUUUGAACUUGGACAGCCUCUUGAUGAGAGUUGGUAUGGCAUCGACCCUGAUCCGGAUCAGUCUUUGAGCUAUUUGAUCUGGGAGCACUCUCGUUGGGAUGGCUGGCAAGGCACUCUUGGGGUAUAUCAGCGUGCUACAGAUAGAGAGUGGAUCACUUGGAGCCCUGGCGCUUGUAAAUCCUGGGUCUUCACGCGCGACUAUUACGCCACAUCGAUCCAAAAAGACCCUGUUGACCCACGCGCGCGCCUGGUCAAGCAAUUCCUAAACCUCGACCAGCUCAACUUAGACUGGUACUUGACAUACGGCACAACCGACCCAGACGCCCAGCCCGCCUGCGUCCCAACCAGAGAAGAGAUAUCCACGAUCCUGCGCCCCUGGCAGUCUGACAACAUGCACCGACGAGCCUGGCGCGUCUGGCAGGUCUACAUCAACGCGGGAGGCAAUAACCCACUCCUGCUGAGGACAUGGUAUGAUCCUGCCGAUGACGAGCGCGUGAAUAGCUGGGCGACACUCUCGGAGGAAUUCCCCGACGACGCGGACCGGGCGAUCCUAGACGACCGUGCCCUCUUUGAUUUUGGAGCCGGUCCCUGGCAGCGGGUACUCGAGAUCCUGCCAGGAAUUGCUAUUCCUCUCGUAAAAGACACCCCGCCUGGAUACGUCCGCCAAAAAGACUGGCGCGCGGACAUUGAUGACUAUACCUUCUACUCUCGUUUCACGGAAGGGUUGAACGCAGUUGAGCGGUCGAACCCAUCGUGGAGAAACGAUUUGAAUAUCCUCGUUAAAAAGAACGCUGCCGCGCGGUGCUUCUUGCAUCUUACCUUUGAAACCGAUAACUUCUUGCUCGCUUAUCUCGAUGCGAAGGGGAGAGUUACGAUGCAGGGCCAGAUUCUCGUCGAUGAGGACAGGUUAACUAGGGUUUCGUUGGACUGGUUUGAGCGAAGGCCUCCGAUUGAGGUCUUCGAAGGGCACGCUUGGUGCGGAUUAGGUAAUGGCUUUUAUGCCCCGGACAGCAUUGAGCAGGGAGUUCUCUAG